AGUGGCUCAGUCUGCGUUGACCUCAUGUAUGUUUCAGUACAAAUGCUGCACAGGCUGCGUGAACAAUGGUGAACCUCGGACACAAACAUUCGUGAUGGCGACUGUUUAUUUACUGUGAUGAGUAAGUAACCCGGUCACACGCUCCAUCGCCUGCAGUAUUUGUGAAUAUUCAACGGCGUGUGAACAUAGUGUAUCUCUUCUUUCCGACAUGUACACAUUUUCCCAGCAUGCCACUUACGAGCCGAGGCUACAAGUGCCCCAUGUCUUUGCUACAAGGAUAUCCGGCUUGUUCCUGGUGGCGUCCUGACACGUUCACACUACACAAUGCACCACCGUGUGCACCCGCUCCCCCAUCCCAUCCUCUUCCUUUCACUCCUCCCCUGAAGGUCGGCGGUGGUAAUAACAGCCAGUACUAACUUGCUUCCAUGGUCAUCACUGUACUGACCUGCAUGUACUGCUGUCAGGAGUAUGAGUUGAACUCCGGACACCCGCACUACUAACUGCGCAACACUGGUGAACCUUGACAUUGCGACAAGUAGUUUGACUGUCACGUUCGCUGGAGAGAAAGUUGUAAAUGAUAUUUAGCGACAAAAGCUUUUUGAAAACAGUGGAGCCACUUGAAUUUCCUGGAGUCGUUUGAAGGAAGUCGGCGUGCAGGCAGUCCUACUCACAACUCGCAGGCUACUAGAUGAGGAUCAACAGUUGAGACGUUGUCGGUCGGACUGCUGACCUCUGACCUGUACAGUGGCAGACAAAAGCAAGAGAGAUGGAAACUGGAGAGACCAUGGAUUUCUGCAGGCUACAGUUGUGUUCAACAAUUUUUCUUGUCCUCCUACUGACAUGGCUGCCAGAUGCAACUGCUGCUGAGGAUCCUUUUAGAUGUCAUGAACAAGGACCAUGCAGUCAAAACUGGCCAGGGGUUUCAGUAACCAGGAACUAUCGAGCAGGUCCCGGAUCAAUGGAUAUGAAUAACAAUGAAAACCUGACUUUUGUAGACUUCCAUGGUCGGAUGGGUGCACUAUGGCACUGUGCUGAAAAUUUUACAACUUUUCAAUGGUAUAAGUUGAUAAACAAUACUCAUGUGCCAUUUCCAUGGGGACGAGAAAGCGGAAUUGAACUUUGUGACAGCAAUCAGACCAUCAUUAUAAAAAGUCUGCAGAUGAGGGAUACAGGAACCUACAUAUAUAAAGCUAGCAAUGGAACAGCAGAUGUGUGGGGAUUUAUCAACUAUGAGGUUGCCUGCAAACCUGGAAGGAGUCAACUGAUCACGAAGGAACAACCAGAGCAGUACAUCACCCUGGGAGCUCAGAAAACGCUUCACUGUGCAGCAUACUUCGGAAACUGUGAUUAUUACGAUGGUGCUGUCAUGUGGUAUGUACAAACUUCACAUGGUCAACAACCUCUAAAGGCAAACACCACCAACCGCUUCAUCACAUGCAACACUGGUGGAUUCAACGGACAAUCUUGCAAUCUUACCUUUUCAAAAGUGUCAGAAGAUGACUUUGGAGUGAAAUAUAUCUGUCUUCUGAUCACACCAGAAGAGAGUUUAAGCUCGGAUAAUCAGUAUUCAGUCGUUUUUAUCAAACUAGACACUCUGAAAAAGUCAUGGCUGUUUAUUAUCAUUGGAACUGCCUUGGGCUGUGCAUUAGUCAGUGGGAUAAUGGUCUUUAUAGUGCGUCACCAUGGAGAACGUAUCAAAUUUUGGCUGAGACGGCAGCCAGAACGAAGAUAUUGGAAACAUGAUGUGGUUCUGAUUCAUGAUGAAGACCACGAAUGUCUCGUAGAGAAUUACAUCAAACCUCAGCUGACGAAAGAAGGAUAUCGCAUCUGUGUCAUGAGACCAGGACAUCCAGCCAUCUUGGAGCAAACCAGUGGCAUUGUCAGUGCAUACAGUGUUAUCUUCUCCUUCUCUCCACAUGAAAUCCAUGGUGCUGAUUCACAAAUACUGGCUGAGCUUGCUGCAAGUGCCAAGCAGAAACAUUCCCGGCGUAAUGUCGUUGUUAUUCGGAAAGAUGAAGAACAAGGCAUUGAUCACUCUCAAACCAGUUCAGCUGAGCAAAGACAGAUUCAGACAAGUGCAGGGUGUCAAAUAAAAAAUGCUUGGAAAGACUUGAAGCACUUGACAUGGCCCAAACUUGAAAUCAGUGAGGAAAGUGAUCAGCCAUUCCAUUCUAUACAACUAGACAAGUUCUGGAGUAGCCUCCAUAAACACCUACCCAGCUUUGGGACCAAUCAAUCUGUCAACAUGACUGUAGAAUCAAGUCAACGAGAGAUAAGGACUAGCUGCAGUUCAACCAACAGUCGGCGACAUCUGUUAUCCACCUGUAGUCAAGAGUCAACACAUUACAGUCACGAUCCAGAAGACUUCGGCACCUUCACAAAUGGAAUAAAAGGCAAAGAUUUUGAGGAGGAAAUUGAUUAUAACCAAAAAAUAACUUUAUUACAGACUACAAGCUUAACAUAUCCAAUAAAUAUGCCAUCUAAAAAGAGGUUUAGAGAAUACCAAAAUAUUUCUAAAAAUGUGCUGGACGAACCCUGUAAGCAAACUGAACCUGAGGAAAAAGAGGAUGAGGAAGACAGUACAGAAGAUGAACAAGAUGAAGAUGUUCAUGCUGCAGUAAAGGAUUACAGGAAUAGUACCCCAGAAACAGUUCAGGUAGUACACCCGUCAGUUAACCAGACACUCACUCCUUCACCAAGUACUUAUUCUUCAUUUUCUCCCCCAGGUGCCCAGGUCAUCUUAAGAAGAAUCCCAGAAGAUGGAACUGUUACACAGACUCCUGACUCAUCGUUUCCUAUAUUUUCAGACUUUCGCUGCUUGUACUCAGAACCACUGUCAGAGGAAUCUGUUGCAUCUGCACAAUGUCAUCAAGAUAGCACACUCUCAAGCCUGGAGAAUAGCUUUUCAUCUACAGGCACUGGCCAAGGAACUGCUUCCCAAUCGGUGUUUAAAUACAUACCAACACAACUUAUAGACAAUGCCUCAAAUCCCAGUCCUUUGAGUUCUAAGCUUGGCAACACACUCAAAUCACUUACAAACGCCAGACCAGCUGUCCUCUGGGACCAGAAGAUGUAUGCUCAUCCAACAUGAACUCUAGAAAAACGUUUCUCGACUGGACUGUAUCUCCAGAGAACAGAAUGCAAUAUGCCCAUGCUGUAUUGCCAUCAAAGUCAUGUAAUGAUUUUCCCAUCAUCCAACAGCUAGCAUCAUUACAUCCGUCUGUUGUUUAUGAAUAAAUAGUAAUAUGUUAUUGAGCUCGACAGGCACACACAUACAAACACAUACCAACACAUAUACACGCUGGGUGGGCCGCACCAUCGGAAUGUAUAACUGACCGUCCGGUGACCCUGUGGCCACGGCCGCUCCCAAAGAGAGAUGAUGGUGGCUGCCUGGCAACAGAGGAUAAGGCCUGGGGAAGCUUCUAGAAAAUUUACCCGUGAUGAGUAUUAGAGGGUAGGGUGGCAGGGAAAAGAGGAUCGGGGGUGACGCUAGUAUGUUUGCAAGUUACUCGAUCCGGUUUCCUCCCACUCCUUUUCCUCCAUAAUUAAAAAUCACUUUAGGAUGAAUUGAAAGCAUUUUUCUGCUAAAACCAACAAGCGAUGAUUUGGAGAAUGCAAGUCCAGUGGAAAAAGUGAGAGACUAUAAUGUAACCACCCCCUCCUCCACAUGCCCUGUUACAAGCUAUACACUAAUUAUUACUGUUAUUCUUAUAUUUAAGUGUUAACAUAUUUUUGACUAACCCGUAUUCCUAAAGUAAUCCGGUUUUCAGUUAUGAGAACUAUACAGUGGCGUAGGAACCAGGGGGGCAGCGGGGGCAGCCGCCCCCCCAAGGAAAAUACAGGGGGGGCAGGAAUAUCCUUUUGCCCCCCCAAUAUUUGAGACGUAAUUCUCAC